CGGGGGCAGCACGUUGGGAUGCGCGCUACUUAAGGUCCCGCUGCGUGAGCCAUUGACGUGUUUGGAGCUGGAGACGGCCUGGGCGCUGGUGAAGCGGCGGCCCGAGUUGAUACACGAGGAUUCAUGCAAAGAAGGUGACAGUCGGAAAUCCAAACUUAGAUUGACUUGUCUUUAGAAUCCGGAAGGGAAAGGAAAUGAAAGGUGGAUAAACUCCUACAGCAGACCUGAUUCGGAAGAAGAGAGUUAGGAUGUCCGUGGUAACUGGAAGGCUGAGAGAUCCUGACAUAAAUCCUUGCUUGUUGGAAUCUGAUGCUUCUACCAGAUGUAUGGAUGAAAAUAACUAUGACAGAGAAAGGUGUUCCACUCACUUCUUGAAGUACAAGAACUGCCGGAAGUUCUGGAAUUCUAUCAUGAUCCAGAGAAGACGGGAUGGAGUGAAGCCGUCUAUGCCUACAGCAGCAGAGAGAGACAUAAUCUUGGGAGCAAUGGGCAAGAUGCCCUAUUGAGUGUUUGCAUUAAAGUGGUUUAUUUAACUCAGAA